AUGGAGAAUGCUGCGUGCCUGCCGCCGUCAUUGCGGAGUUUGGGAAGCUGUAGUGACCACGCCAGAGAACGCCUCAUUCCGGGACUCGACCGCCAUUCCUCUUAUCAGGGAGGCUCGAACAAAUAUCACUGGAGCAUCACGGUCAUCCAAAGUACCUUGAAUGGUUUAAGUCACGCUACGCAAGCACCUGCACUGUUCAAUUCAAGCAUUGCGAAUCAGCGGAUCGCUUCUGACUGGCAUUCUUCUCUAUUUGCCGGAGGACAUGCCCCCAAAUAUGCCCACAUAUCCUAUCCCAAUCGACUUCUAAGCGGAAGAGGACCUGCGGGAUUCCAGCUUCACGAAAACCGCGUGCCACAAUAUAUCUGUGGCGCCGCCUGCUCCACAUCCACCCGUAUUGUGUAUUCCAAGUUAUCUGGACUUGCAAACCAUUAUGUUCUCCUCUCCAAGGGGAGUCGCCGUAUCUACUGCAGCCGAAUCGUCGUACUCUGUUCGAAAGAGGCCUUCCCGGAUGCUAUCCACAACUUCGCCCUUCUAUUAGCUGAGUCUCAUCCGAACGAAGGAUUACUCGUACCUCGAGCUGGUGCUGCUAGCUUUCAGUGUCCCCAACAAGUGCAAGUAGCAGUACCGCUGAGAGGCGCCCAGAACACGAAGAUGCCUCCGCCGGGGUGCAGGCGUUCGCCUUCCUGGCAUCAAGAUGAGGCGCAGGACAUGAGGUAUAACUGCCCCCCGGCCCCUUCGAGAGGUGGGGAUGGAGCCCGCAGGCUCCUCGCUGAGGUGGGUUCGGCGGAGGGGAGGAAGGAGCUGGUGUCGGCGUGGCGGAGGGAGCCUGAAGGCGAGGCGUCAGCUCUACCGUCUCUGCCGCGAGAGCUCGAGGGUUUACAGCAGGAAUAG